UAGUUUGAUCUCAUGUAUACAGUAUAUUUAUAAUCCAAUUUAUGAUUGGAUUUUUGUUUUUUAAUCCAAUUUUUUCCUGAAUUGUGCAUGAUGUCCUCAUAGACAGGUCUCUAUAGAGUUUAUUGUUCUCUGAUGUGCUAUUGUGGUCACAUGACUGCCCCACCCACUACCCGUGUCCUAUUAAAAACGCAGCAUGUUUCAAAGAGGGUGAGUAAUUAUCCAGUGUGAUGAGCUUGGUGCAACAUUUUUGGGGGAAAUACACUGUGACAAAAGGUAGGGUGUUGAUUUCUGCGUACACACACAUAUGUCUUUAUCAAUGCAGCUCUUCUUUUAUCAAGAAGGGAGACUUCUAUUUCUUAAAUUAGACUCUCUUCCCCCCAUUACAGAUGGCCAGGAUGAGACAAGUUCGCCAGAGGUUGAAUUUCAGUCCUGGUGAUGAGGACCGCAGCUUCAGAGGAACUGAAGAGGAACUGAGAUGUCUGCCAUGCAACACAAUAUGUGAAGAGUUUCUCAGAAACGGUCCAGAAUUUGAAAGCCUAAAUGAAGACUUUCUGAGCUCCAUAAAAUCCCCUGCACUGCCUAUAGCUGACCUGAGAGACACCGAGAUGCUGAGAAGCUCAUCACCCAUCUCACACAGAGACACAUUUCCAUCACGGCAGUGUCUCACCUCCAUCAGACGCUUCAGAAAAUCUUACAAUAAGAGAGAAAGCCUUCAGUCAUCCGUCACUCCGAAAUCGGAGAUAAAGAGAUGGGGGAUUAAUAUCAACCCGUUCACUCCAGAGUCGAUUCUCGUCCAGACCAAGAGCGCAAAGAGAAACCGCAGAAACAGAGUUCGUCAGGGAGAAUCACAUGAGGACUCGAGUGAAACUGAAUUUGAAGAUGAAUUCAUUCCUUCAUUAAAGAGAAAGAGUAUUGUUUUGAGUCCAACAUCUCGCUACACAUCUGAAUUCUACGAAUUGGAGAAAAUCGGCUCUGGAGAGUUCGGGGCCGUUUUCAAGUGUGUGAAAAGACUUGAUGGGUGUGUCUAUGCCAUCAAGCGCUCCAAGAGGCCGUUAGCAAGUUCUGUGGCUGAGCAGAAUGCUUUACGCGAGGUGUACGCCCAUGCCGUAUUGGGACAGCACCCCCAUGUGGUGAGGUAUUACUCUGCAUGGUCGGAGGAUGACCACAUGUUGAUCCAGAACGAGUACUGCGACAGAGGAACGCUCGAGCAGCUCAUCACGGAGACCCGGAGAACGCUGAAGUUCCUCUCUGAAGCUCAGCUGAAGGAUUUGCUUCUGCAAGUCUCCCGGGGUUUGAAGUACAUCCACUCGGCGUCUCUCGCUCAUAUGGACAUCAAGCCAAGUAAUAUAUUUAUAUCAGCCGUUCUUAGCGCAGACGUUGAUGGAGCGGAUACAGAUGCAGUGUACAAAAUAGGAGGUUUUAGUCACGUGACUCAUGUGAGCAGCCCGAGAGUGAAAGAGAAAAACAGGAGAUUUAUAGCCAGUGAGAUCCUGCAGGAGGAUUACAGGAAUCUACUGAAAGCAGAUAUUUUUGCACUGGCGCUCACAGUUCUAACAGCCUGUAGGGCAAAAGCGCUUCCCUGGAAUGGGGAACAGUGGCACGCAUUACGCAGAGGGAAACUCCCGACUAUAAUUCAAGCGCUCUCAGAAGAAUUUCAACAACUCCUCAAGCUCAUGAUUCAUCCGGACCCUGCGUGCAGACCUUCAUCCUCAGCCCUCAGUAAACACGUCAUCCUCCAGCCUGCCUCCAAACCGAAUGCUGACACCCUGCACGAGCAGCUUCACGCACAGAAGUUUAGAAAUGCACUGCUGCUUAAAGAGCUGAACGAGAUCCAGUCGUCCACAUCAGGUACAGAGCCGAACGUCUCUGACAGCAGCAUGACCUUCUCCAGUGGAAACAAGUCCAACAGAUCAUCCAGCGUCUUCGGGAAAAAGAUAAACCGCUCACUCAGCUUAACCAUGUUCUAAUCUGGCGAAGCAACGGGAAGAAAUCGGAGAUUUCCAUACAGUUUCUUUAUAGUAAAUUAUAUAUUAAUUAGUGUAUGUGAAAUCCAUGGAAAUAUGUUUAUAGUAACAAAAAAUGUGAUACAGCCAAAAGUUUGUGGACACCUGACCUGUGCCCAUAUGUGCUUGUUGAACAUCCCAUUCCAGAUUUAUUCCUGCUUUCUAGUUAUAAUAAGCUCAACUCUUCUGGAAAGGCUUUCUGAUAGAUUUUGGGGCGUGGCUGUGAGGAUUUGGGUUUGGGCCUCUUAGUUCCAGUAAAGGGAAAUUGUAAAUCUCCAGCAUACAAAGACGUGAUACAACUUUGGCACAAAUUUGGGGAAGAACUACAAAUGGGUGAGAUGGUCAGGUGUCCACAAAUUUUUGGUCAUAUGCUGUAGAUAUUAUAUAAUCUUAGGUGGUUAAAAUAUACAUUUGAGCCGAUUUAAAAUCUGGUCAUAUUUUCUCAAAAUGUUAUUUGAAAUGUAUUGCUUUUCCACUUGACUGAUAUUCAGUAGAUGUUCAGUGUUGCUGUGAAAUGGAGUUUGGAUGGAUGUGAUGCAAAAUAUUCUGAAAAACAGCUGGAGCCAAAAUAAGAUGCAAGUACAGGAAAUUUGUUUUGAAAUCUUAUUGUUACUAUACAAAGUGUUCUGUAAUACAGGAAAUCUCACAUUUUAGAUAUUUAAUUACAAAAAAAAGGCAUGGUGGCGUCGCCUCACAGCAAGAGGGUUCCAGGUUCGAACCUCAUGGCCGACAGGGGCCUUUCAGUGUGGAGUUUGCAUGUUCUCCCUGCGUCUGCGUGGGUUUCCUGCCACGGUUCAAAGACAUGGAUUAGGUAAAAAUACCCAGCCACUGGGGUUGCACAAGCCAGUGCAUACUUAGUGCUCGAUAUUAAAUCUUUAAUCCACUCGUCCAGUCGGGCAAGCAAUCAGAUUUCUCACUCGUCCUGACCAUAAACUUUUUAUUCCUAUUUACUAGUUCAAUGAAAGGAAAGUGAUUAACAAAGUUUAUCAAAAAGCAGGUGUAGUUAUGAUCAUCAGUCUGCUUUAAUGAUUUAUAAUUUUUCAAGGCGGCACGGUGGUGUAGUGGUUAG